AUGGAUGCUCGAGAACACUACUACACGAUGAUCACUGACGUUGCGCUACGUCUACCUUGUCAGAUGAGACGAAUACUGAGUGAUGUGAAGUUUGACGAAAGAUGGCAACGAAUCCUCUGCGAGCUGGUUUCCUACCAACACGCUCCACAGCUUCGCAGACAGAGUAAGAAGGUUCUUUUGGCGAUGUUCAAUGGAGACAAGCAGAAAUAUCGUGAACAUAUGAUGCGAGCACACAUUGAGUUGCUUAAGAAGAAGUAUACCCAGAGCAGCAACUUCAACCAUCAACAACUUACUGAAAUGGUUGAGAUUGUAAGCGCAGUGGCCGUGACAGCAAAUCAGCGCACAGCUUUGUGGAGGAGUAUUUGCGAGGAGCAGCUUAACUGGCUCCUGCAACUAGCUUGUCGGGUGGCCGAUGCGGUUUCAUGCAGUGUAGUAGACUUACUGGUAUCGGCAAUUCGUGAAACUCCCGGACAUCAGGGUGAAAACAUCCAUCUGGCUGACAAAAUAAUCUAUGAAGAGAAGAAUCGAUGCCUGCUGAUGAUGCUACUUGUUCGUUAUUUGAUCGGACGUGAUGAAAAUAGAAGAUGGUUAAUGCACGGCUGCUGGGCGACAUCCCAGUUGGCUAGUCGACAGAAUCACCCAGAGAUGCAAGCAGUAUGCGACGCUGAACUAGAAGCGAUCAGUGCUACGGUUGCCAGAAUCGAAAAAGAAGGCCAUGCCGGUUGGUAUCGCCAGAUGACAGGACUCGGAUUAGGAUGGAAGACAAUGCUGAUGGACACCAGUCCGUGCCUCGUGUGCUUUUCCAGAAAGGAUGUGGCGGAAACCAUAAAGCUGAAUUCAAUCAAGCAAGAAGCACGUUUCGCCGCUAAUGCGAUGAUGCUGAAGUUGACUUGCCACUAUGAGAUCAGCAAAGUGAUAAUCAAAUUGACAGAUGUGAAGCGCAAUAAGAUGAUCAAACGCGUCAACCUCUUUUACUGUCCGAAAACUGUGGAGUCUGCUGUUGAAUUGAAGACGUGUCCAGAACUAUGGCAGCGUGCAUCAACAUGCAGUGUAUCGGCCAAUGACACCGAAGUCGUCUUACCACUAGCAAUACCUGUGGUUACAGCUUCCCUGGUGAUUCAGUUUUCGGAAUUGACGGAGAGUCGUCAGAAUCAGGAACUUCAUUGUCCACGCUGUUCAUCGGUAGUGCAGCCGAAUCCAGGUUUAUGUGAACACUGUGGUGAGAAUGUAUUCCAGUGUGUGAAAUGUCGUGCUAUCAACUACGAUGAGAAGGACCCAUUCUUGUGCCAGUCGUGUGGCUUCUGUAAAUAUGCUCGCAUGGAUAUUUCGUUAGUUUGUCGACCCUUACCAGGAGUUCAGCCGAUAACAACUGAUGCUGAGCGAGCAUCUUGCGUGGAGUCGAUGGCUCGUCUGCUCUGUGAAAUGGAACAAACUCGUUCUCAGUUGGCCGCUGGUCGAGCUCUCAGCGAAUCUCUGUGGCUCCAGUCGCGACCAUUACCUCCAAUAAGCUUCCAUGUAGAGAGUCCUGACGCGGCAAAUGCUCUCAUUGCUGCUCUCCCGCCGAUAAAUCAUCAACAGCCGGCAAUUCAUGCCCUACUAAUGACAACAACUCAUUGCAAAGCGUUGCAUGAAGAAUUGUGCAUGCAAACGCAGCAACUGAUCGCCUUCCGAGAAGAAUUGCGUGGCUAUGAUCGCAGCGUCAAAACGGCCCCACUUCUGCAUCAGGCAAUCAAUCAAGGAUUCUAUAACGCAAGUUCGAAUUGCUUUGGAUGUUUACGAGCCAGUAUUCUGCACUCGCUGGCGAUUCUACAAAGUUCUUGUGAUGACGUGACCUGCCUAGAAAGGCUGCUGGACUCUGAUAUAGUUUUUGGCACCUUGGUCGACUUGGCUAAUAAAUACGAGCCCAUCAAAGAAGAAAUAGAGAUGUUGCUUUGUCGGUUGUCGCUUGAAAAUGAAAAAGGAACAGAAAAGUUGUGUGAUCUGGUCUUGUCUGGAAAAAUCAGUGGUACUGUGCUGGCUCGUUCGCUGAAUACUUUCCCAGAUUCGUUAUGGCAGCAGAAAUUCCGCGGAUUACUGAAGAGCGCAAUGAAAUUCAACGAUCAUGACACGACACUGGCUGCUCUGACAAUAAUUGAUAAGUGCUUGGUGGAUGCGAAACCGAUUCGGAAGAGGAUUUAUCGGAAACUGCAACAAAGGAGGCGAGGAAUUUCCACUGAGAUAUCUCAGAAUCUUCUUGACCGCCGUCGUAUAAAGAUAGCUAAUCAUGAUGUUGGGCCGACUGCGCAAUCAUUGCGAUUGCUGUCGGAAGUGGAUACAGUAACAGCACCUGUCAAGCACCUCCAAGUAAAAAGCCCAGAUUGCGUGGAGACUGUGCACCGGAUACUAGCAAGGAGCAUGAUGCAUGGUUAUGGCGUUGUUUGUUUUCACCAUGAUUGCUGUCCCGACUGUCUGCGCAAUAUCAUCGAGCUGACCGCAGCCCAACUAUCCGUCUCUGUGCUACUGCGUGGCCUUCCUAUGGCAUCGGUAGCUCCACCGGCGAUGACUGACCAUUUCUUCCGCGCUGCUCAUGCCGUCAUAGGAGGCGGACCAAGUAUAAAAGCACGCCUUUAUUCGGAAGGGUUACACGUGUGGCUCAUCAAAGUAAUCUAC